AUCCAUCCCCCCGAAGAGCCUUGGGAUAGUCGGUCUCCCACACUGGAUGGAACUCCCAAGGUGGAUGGACUGUCACGGAAGCAAGCUUCAUCUUCUAUGUUAGAAAGAAAGAAAAUGCAGGAAACAUCCAGGAGCAGUGGUAAGAAGAGUCAAAUUCCUGUGCAGUUGGAUUUGGGUGGCAUGCUGGCAGUCUUGGAGCAGAAGCAGCAAACAGAGAAGUCAAAGCAGUCUUCUAAACCUGUAGUGUUUUCAGUUGGUGGUGCCAUACCAUUGCUUUCUAAAGAACCUGCUACAGCCACAAAAAGUCAUCGGUUAAACCAAGGAAAGAUGCCUCAUAAUCCUUUGGAUUCCAGUGCUCCUUUGGUAAAGAAAGGGAAACAGAGAGAAGUGCCUAAAGCAAAGAGACCAACACCUCUUAAAAAGUCUGCAGAAAAUAUUACUGAAGAUGAAACACUUCUACAGGAUAGUCAAGCAGCUGUUCCUGUAACACAAGUUGCUGAAGGGUUUCUGGAGAAUACGGGGAUCAAGGAAUCUACAGAAGGUUCUAUGAUUCCAAAGCAGCUAACCUCCAGUCUUCCAAAAAUCCAUAGUAGGAAUUUUAGAGAUUAUUGCAGCCAGGUACUUAGUAAAGAAGUUGACAGUUGUGUGACAGAUCUCUUAAAAGAACUGGUUCGUUUCCAAGAUCGCUUGUAUCAGAAAGACCCAGUAAAGGCCAAGAUAAAACGCAGGCUUGUUAUGGGUCUUAGAGAAGUUUUGAAACAUCUGAAGCUGAAAAAACUGAAGUGCGUCAUCAUCUCUCCUAACUGUGAAAAGAUUCAGUCAAAGGGUGGGCUGGAUGAUACUCUACACAACAUUAUCGACUGUGCCUGUGAACAGAAUAUCCCGUUUGUUUUUGCCCUUAAUCGCAAGGCCCUAGGCCGCUGUGUGAACAAAGCAGUGCCAGUGAGCGUGGUGGGAAUUUUUAGCUAUGAUGGGGCUCAGGACCAUUUUCAUAGAAUGGUACAACUGACAACAGAGGCCAGGAAGGCCUACAAAGAUAUGAUAGCAGCUUUAGAGGAAGAAGCUGAAGGAGGACUAAGAGAAAUCCAACCCAGCAUCUUAACCACUGAAUAUGAAAAAAAGGGCGUAUCAGAAACUGGUAAAACAUCUUCCAAGGACUCUGAUGAGGAUGUACCAAAUUACAUUAAAAUCUGGAAGAGAAAACUUGAAGAGGAGUAUAACCCAUAUGCACUGGAACUGGAAAAGAGUGCAACUGCUGACAUGGUGAACAGAAGAGGGUAA